AUGUCCAAGAUUCUCACCAUUUUCGGCGCCACCGGUACCCAAGGCGGCUCGGUUAUUGACGCCGUCCUAGCCGACCUUGCUCUCUCCAAAGAAUACACCAUCCGCGGCGUCACUCGAGAUGUCAACAAACCCGCUGCCAAAGCACUUGCCGACAAAGGGGUCCAGAUGGUGUCUGCUGAUAUGAACUCAAUUGAGACUGCCAAACCUGCUGUUCAAGGCGCGCACACCGUCUUCUUCGUCACCAACUACUGGGAGAAGGGCUCCGCCGAGCUUGAAAUCUCCCAGGGUAAGGCUGUAGCCGACGCAAGCAAGGCCGCUGGCGUCGAGCAUCUCAUCUUUUCCUCUCUCAUCAACGUCACUGAAGCCAGUAAGGGGGCUCUCCCACAUGUCCAUCACUUUGAUUCCAAGGCUGCCAUUGAGCAGUAUAUUCGCGGUAUCGGCAUCCCAGCCACCUUCAUCCAGCCUGGAUUCUACAUGUCCAACUACAUAACCCAGUUCCGAAAGAACGAUGAUGGGAGCUACACGCAUGCUAUGCCAGUGGACGGGGAGAAAGCUCGAGUUCCAGUUUUCGACGCUGCCAGUGACACUGGACUUUUCACCAAGGCUGCAAUCAAAGACUCUGCCCCCUCUGGAAAAAGGAUCUUGGCCGCCACUGAGUACUUGACCCCGAACCAAAUUGUGGCCGACUUCACUGCGGCCACAGGGAAAAAGGCCACAUAUAAGCAGGUGUCGAAUGAUGUCUACAAGUCGUUUCUUCCUGCACCUGCCGCGCAGGAACUGCUUGAGAACAUGCUUCUGCUCCAAGACCCGGGAUACUAUGCGGGUGCAGACCUUUCCAGCAGCUUGGCCCUUCUCGACCGCAAGCCGACUACAUGGAAGGAAUUUGCGAAGGCGAACAAGGGUAAAUGGGCAUAG